UGUAAUUUCUUUUAUGAUAGUGGCAUUGAAUACUUCACAGUUUUGAUGGCCUCUUGAUUCAUGCCAUUAAUAUUUUUUUCCACGUACUGGUCAAUUUCUGAAAAUUGACCCAAAAAAAUCCAGUGCGUUUCUCUGGUUUAACUCUUUCUUAUACUUUUUUUAGAAGCUAUGAUGAAAAAGAAGUAACCAUUCUAAAUCCUCUUAUGGUCUUCUAUGUAAAAGCAUCACAAGGUUACCCAGUACUAUUAUUUAGUUCUUGGUUUUCCAGGAUGUAAAUUCCUUCACUGCAUGUAUAUACACUUUGUGAGUUUUUAAUAGUUUUAAGGGGAAUUUCAGGCAAAAGAAUUCAUUAUUAUCAUUUUAGUGAUUUUCAUUUCCUCAUAUUUGGCUUUAUUCAUGUUUUUGAACAUGAAAGAUCUUCUUGGUGAUACCUCAAAUUUUCAUGCAAGUGCAGAACGAUUUUAGGGUUGUGUUCACUCUUUUCUUUUAAUGCUCGGUUGUGUCCUCUUGCAAUGCAACAUUACCAUAUUGCUGGUAGCUCUUAUUUUUUAUGUGUCUCUUCACAUUUCGAUGCCUCUUCAUUUCACUGAGAAUGGAGUAUGGAGGACCAAAAUGCUACCAGGGAACGUAGGCGUAGCAGUACCUAAAAUUAGUCCACCUUGUGCUGGGUUUGUGUAGCUCCACUUGUAUUCAAGUUUGUAUAAAUCAUUGUGAUAUUAAUAAAUAAUGAUUGUUAUUUCUUAACACUUGAUUGACCAAUUUUUCCACGGCGGUGGCCAUAACAUUAAGACUGGAGCAGGCUUUGGUAUUGAUUAGAUGAAGUUGAGGCUCAAUGGAAGUAUUUGGGGGAGCAAAAGCUUUGUCCCAAAUCAAGCAUCAUCGAGUAGAUGUACUUCAGUUUCGAUUGUAUGAGUAACCUCCUUGUUUUAGUGUAUUUUCUAUUGAUUCCCUUUCUCACAUGUCCAUUAUAUUGUUGACGUAAUAUAAGAAUGAGAUACGUUACAAAAGCGAGAAGGUUUCUAUUAGAGAGUAUAUUGUUUUAGUGUAACCGUCUCUAAGCGGAAGACAAUGGAGGUAUGUUUCUCUCAUGUGCUUUAAUCAUAUGCAUACAUGGUUGCGUAUUAUUAGAGCAACCCAUUGUAUUAGAGUAUUGGUUCAAUAUUAAAACCAGUUCAAUAUUAAAACAAUUUAUAUUGCGAUCCCAACUAACUUGAUCUUACUCUGUACUUUUAUUGACAGAAUGGGGACAAGAGAAGCUUGGUUCAUGUAAAACUUGGAAUAGCUGACGAGUCAAUGGAUAAGUCAAAGGUUUGGAAGCUUGUGGAGAUAACUGAUACAUCUCAGUGCAGAUCAUUAAAACUGGAUGAUAGUAUUAGCACAGCUAAGGUGAUACUUCUUCCCUUGCCUUUUACCUCUAUAUAUUUUUGAAUAUGCAUCAUUUUCUAGCAAUCUUGUGGGUGCACUGCCAUUUAUAAGGUUGCUAUUUUGUUAAAUUAAUUCACAGUGUGAUUUCUACGUGUAGAACACUAUUUUAGCUCUUGUUAGAUGCUUAACGUUUGACAAGUGUCUUACGGACAUGAACAGUCAUUAUGACUGCUAAGUGAAGCUAUAUCUUCAGGAUCCAAUUCCAACCACGUCGACUAGAGCAGCUCUGCUAUCGCUGUAGGCCGUCCGGUGCAAGAGACUAUCGGACGGGUGCGAGCGCUUCGCGACGCGGGUCAAGAAGCCACCAGCUGAGACAACGAUUGGAAAGGCGGCACCACCAUCGUCUCCCUCCGCACUCACAGCCACGCGUCGGAUGUGAGCUCGCACGCGCACGUGGUCGACCAGCACCACCGCCGCAGAUUACUCCCCACCGUCGCGUCUACGUCGUCAUCGUCGUCGUCGCUGAAGGACGACCCCGAAUAUGGUUACAUGCAGACGUUGGUAGAGCGCGACGGGUUCAUGCGCGCAAUGCCGCCGCUGAACUGGCCGUUCAAGGGUCACUCCAUGUCAUCCCCGAUGGACCCGAUCGCAUUCCACCUCCUGGAGCUGGACCUCCCCACGGACGACUCUGACGACCGACGCCAAGGCCCGCUCUGGCACCGGUGGAACCGGAAGCUCCAGUUCCACCUCACGCAAGAAAUCCUCGCCGACCUCCUCCACCUCGGCGACAACGGCGCCUCCUCCGCAACCAGACUCCACGGGCCGGCGCUGCUAUCAAAGGUGUGGAGCACGGUGAAGGCGUUCUCGGCGGCAGACUGCAGGGUGGUGGGUAACAUCGAUGCGCUGGUGGCACUGGACCUGCAUGUCACCCAAUUUCGUUGUCUUCGGGGAUUAGAUGAUGACACAUGGACACCAUUCGGUGGCAGUUUGAUGUUUUUCAGAUAUGAAUCCCACCUGUUAUUCAAUACUACUAUGAGAAAAGAUGUGGAGUCGUGUCCUAAUACGACACUUGUAUCCUACGCCUCUCAUAUAUAG